UAUAUGCGUUAUGGAACACACUCCUGCGCCUUACGGUCCCAGGGCUGUCUAUGGAUAUGCUAUGUAUAUCGGAUCAAAUAUGUUGUUCCUAUUGUACGUGAUAUGGGCGAUAAUACCAGACAAGAUGUUGCAUGAUUAUUUAGGACUGACCUAUUGGCCCUCCAAGUAUUGGGCAGUUGCAAUUCCUAUAUGGGCAUUGACUGCUCUAGCUACAUUUGCAUUUUUAAUUUAUCCUGCUAUCAAUAUGUUAAUAACUCCAGACAUCGAUGACAUCCGGACUAUUACGGACAAGUAUGCCCUACAAAAUGUCGAAACUACUCCAGGCGGAAUACCGACUGUAUCUGACAUACCAAUUACAGAAGUCUGUAGGAGAUUAUAUUUGAGAAAAAAAUAAUCUGUAAUCAUUUA